AUGUUAUUUCAAUUUCUCUUUGUACAUAUAUAUGAACAAUUCUCUUUAUGGCCAUACGUUAUUUGUCAACCCCUGUCUGUCUGUCUGUUUCGGCUUUUCUGUCUCUGCCUGUCUCUGUCUUUCUUUCUGUCUUUCUAUCUUUCUUCCUUUCUUUAUCUCGUUUCUUUCUUUCUUUCUUUCUUUCUUUCUUUUAUUUUACCUUUCUCACUUCCUUUUUCUCUUUCUCUCUGGUUUCUGUUUUUCUGUUUUUAUUCUUUUUCUGUCUUUCUCUGUACUUUUGUUUCACUCUAUGCAUAUCUAUCUAUCUAUCUAUCUAUCUAUCUAUCUAUCUAUCUAUCAUGCCCUAACAAGGACACAACACUAUCUAUCUAUCUAUCUAUCUAUCUAUCUAUCUAUCUAUCUAUAUAUUCAUCUAUCUAUCUAUCUAUCUAUCACAGUCUGUUCAUAUCUAUCUAUCUAUCUAUCUAUCUAUCUAUCAUAUCUAUCUAUCUAUCACAGUCUGUUCUAUAUCUAUCUAUCUAUCUAUCUAUCUAUCUAUCUAUCUAUCUAUCUAUCUAUCUAUCUAUCUACCCACUACGUACUUUUGUUAUUAGGUGCACGAUACUAAUGAUCAUGUUGCACUUUCUUUUCUCAAUUCCUGGGCGAGGUCGUUGUAUUUUAUUUCAUCCUCACCCUGCGGUCAGCAGGCACACCUAUCUGCGAUAUGACAGACGUUCACUAUUUCUUUACCUUCUUCACAACAACCGAAGGCGCGCUCUCCUUUCUUCCAUCGGACAACAGCAUAUUUCAUCGAGCGGAUCAUACAGCAAUGAUAGGAUUCAUUUCUUUGUCUAA